GGUACUGACAUAAUUAACUGAAAAAUAAAUUCUUAGUAGGCUCCAGUCACUUUGACGUAAAAAUGAGCAGCCGAAAGCUCUGGGAGAAGAAAAGCUCUCGUAGUUCUGUGAAAUCGCGUUCUAGGAGCAGUUCUCUGAACAAAAACUUACGUUCGAUAUCAGAAAUUGAGGAAAAUGGCGAGACCAUUGUACGCGGAAUUAUGCACGAAAUUCUGGAGAAUUCGCUUGAAACCAUCCAGAAACGGUACAUGGAGCGCCAAACGAUCAAAUUCGUCGUCCAUUGCGCCCAUCAAGCCUUAACAAAAGCGCUCAAAAUGCACUUUUACCAACACAAUGACUACAUUCGAAGUGCGGACUUUUGGGGCUCUGAGAAACGCAUCGAGCCCUCAUUUCCCGACUCUUGGGCGAUAAAUGAAAUCCCGGCAACGAAAAACAUCGCCGAGGAAGAGGAGCUAAAUACUCUCAAGCGGAUCCAAUCGGAAGUUAAUCGAAAAGGCGGAGAAAUCCUCGUUGACUCGACCGUUGAUCUCAUUAGCGAGCCCUCGGAAAGCCUACUGGAGGAUAUUCGGGCGAUUAUCGACGAUAUAGUCGAUAACCUCCCUGUAGUUUUCGAGGAAACCCCCGAAAAACUCGAGCCUGUUACGAGUGCCUUUACUUUGGUCGUGGAGGGCCAGCAGUCCUACACCGACUUCAAAAUGAAGCCCCAAAUGUCGCGCAUAGCCGCCUGGUUCCCGCCCACUGUCAAACUCCCCCGAAUUGACCUCCCAGAAUCGGGGAAUUCCCGGCGACACAAAGACUCAAACGAGUCGCUAACGCACGAAACCCUCCCACCCAUCAGGACCGAUGCCAACUACAGAUGUCUCUCGGGCGCUGCGCCGGAAGAAAAGGCGAAAAAAACGAACAGAAACUGAUUUUUUCCGAAAUAAACUCGACACUUUCUAAUUCUUGUUUUUACCAAGUUCGGUGUACGCAAUUGCGAAAUGACACGUUCGGAUAUUACAUUGACUUCUUUGGUAAUAACCAAGCAGGAAAAUAUUUACAUAUCCUAGUUUUAGUUUCAAUUCGUCGAUUUUUAAUGAAAUUUUGAAAGGUUGUGAGUCAUCGCGUCUAAUCUUCGGAGUUAAUUUGCUUUCUUGUUCUUGCUUUUUUCUGGUAGCCUCAAGCUACAGCACAGAUCGCUCGCUGUGUUGUGGAAAUUUCCAGAGCCGGCGCACGCAACUCACCUACGUUUUUUCACUCAUCAGAAUUAUAAUUUUGAUUGAAAUUAGCUCUUUAUCCCGGCCGGCCGGCGCAAAAACCGACUUACAUAACAACAUUUGAUUUUUUCUCUUCGUGCCUUAUUUCAAACGCUUACAUCAUCGCAACGAGAUGAAUAAAAUUAGCAGCGGAAAAUUAGUGAAACAAAGAAGGUGAACCAAUAAGCAAGGUCGGAUCUCUUGACUUUUGGUACCGAGAAUCAACCACGAAGCGAAAUGCCAAAAACCCAAAGUGGUGCAAUUAUUGUCAUCGAUGAUUAAUGCAAUUGAGAUAAGAUAGCGACUCCUAAACCAACGCUACCUUAUGGUGCCGCCGCGUCUAGCAACAAAACCGAUAACCUUGUAGAAGCGUUUAACCACACCACUUGCUAUUAUUGCAUCAUGUUCAUUAUGUUUAUUAGAAUUAGAACGGCAAAAAUAACCAUUUAUCGACAUUUCAAACGAAAAACAGAAACAAGUCGGCCAAAGAUGGCUUAAUGCGUUACUAUGCUAUUUUUUAUCAGUUACCACGUUACUAUCAUCAUUCGACAGUUUUUGGUUUCGUUACCGUGACAAUGACGUGUCCCCUUUGGAAAAAAUUACAAAACUUGCAUCAUUUCAGAAAUCUACCAUUAAUCAUCAAUUCAUCAUUUGCUACGUACGGUCACACCAUAAAUUGGAAAUUGGGUGAUUUAAAACGGUUUAUGUAAAUAUUCAUGUUUUUUUGUAGUGGAUCACUACGAACAAAAUGGUUUAUUUGUUCCCUUAACAAUGGUCAAAAAAUAUUUUUUUUGUUGGUUACCGUUUUUUUUUCUAUUGAACCUUCCGGUGGCCAAAUUCCUACCCAGACAGAGAUUACUAAUUUCAUAAAAAAUGAGACUUAAUUGAAAAAUAGUGCAAUUUUUUGCGGUAUUUUUGAGUCCAUUAUUGACUUUUAAAAUAUUGAAAAGUAAAUAGUUUUUUGCAGGAGCAGUAGAUAUUAACCCAAAAAUUAUUUAGAACUAAAUAUACAGGAUGUUUCAGAAAUGAGCUACAUACUUUUAGCUACUGGUGAUUUUGAUCGAAACUUGUGUAAUCGAUUUUGCUUAGUUUUUGAAAUAAUCUGUUU